CAAAUUUAACAGGACAUGCAGAGAAGGUGGGGAUUGAAAAUUUUGAGCUCCUCAAAGUCCUAGGAACUGGAGCUUAUGGAAAAGUAUUUCUAGUUCGUAAAAUAAGUGGUCACGAUACCGGAAAGCUGUAUGCCAUGAAGGUUUUGAAAAAGGCAACAAUAGUUCAGAAGGCCAAAACCACAGAGCACACGAAGACGGAGCGACAGGUCCUGGAGCACAUCAGGCAGUCGCCGUUUCUGGUGACGUUGCACUAUGCCUUCCAGACAGAAACCAAACUUCAUCUCAUUUUAGAUUAUAUAAAUGGUGGAGAACUUUUUACUCAUCUUUCUCAAAGAGAGCGUUUCACAGAGCACGAGGUGCAGAUCUAUGUCGGAGAGAUUGUGCUUGCCCUUGAACAUCUCCACAAGUUGGGGAUUAUAUACCGUGACAUUAAGCUUGAGAAUAUUCUGCUUGAUUCUAAUGGCCAUGUGGUGCUGACAGAUUUUGGUCUGAGUAAGGAGUUUGUGGCUGAUGAAGCUGAAAGAGCAUAUUCCUUUUGCGGAACUAUUGAAUACAUGGCACCAGAUAUUGUCAGAGGGGGAGAUUCGGGACAUGACAAGGCAGUUGACUGGUGGAGUUUAGGUGUUCUAAUGUACGAAUUGCUAACUGGAGCAUCUCCUUUCACUGUCGAUGGAGAAAAGAAUUCCCAAGCUGAGAUAUCUAGGAGAAUAUUAAAAAGUGAGCCUCCGUAUCCCCAAGAGAUGAGUGCUUUAGCUAAAGACCUACUUCAGCGUCUUUUGAUGAAAGAUCCCAAGAAAAGAUUGGGAUGUGGCCCACGCGAUGCGGAUGAAAUCAAAGAACAUCUCUUUUUUCAGAAAAUAAAUUGGGAUGAUUUAGCUGCCAAAAAAGUGCCCGCACCAUUUAAACCCGUCAUCCGAGAUGAAUUAGACGUGAGUAACUUUGCAGAAGAGUUCACGGAAAUGGACCCCACCUACUCCCCCGCAGCGCUGCCCCAGAGUUCCGAGAGGCUGUUUCAGGGCUAUUCUUUCGUGGCGCCUUCUAUUCUGUUCAAGCGUAAUGCAGCCGUCAUAGAUCCUUUUCAGUUUCACAUGGGAGUUGACCGUCCUGGAGCGACAAAUGUGGCCAGGAGUGCAAUGAUGAAGGACUCGCCAUUCUACCAACACUACGACCUAGAUCUGAAGGACAAACCAUUGGGAGAAGGAAGUUUUUCAAUCUGUCGAAAGUGCAUACACAAAAAAAGUAACCAAGCAUUUGCCGUCAAAAUAAUCAGCAAAAGGAUGGAAGCCAACACUCAGAAAGAAAUAACAGCUCUGAAACUCUGCGAAGGACACCCCAAUAUCGUGAAAUUGCACGAAGUUUUUCAUGAUCAGCUUCACACUUUUCUGGUGAUGGAGCUUCUGAACGGAGGGGAGCUGUUUGAACGCAUUAAGAAAAAGAAACACUUCAGCGAGACCGAAGCCAGCUACAUCAUGCGGAAGCUCGUUUCGGCCGUGAGCCACAUGCACGACGUCGGAGUGGUGCACAGGGACCUGAAACCCGAGAAUUUAUUGUUCACUGAUGAAAAUGACAAUUUGGAAAUUAAAGUCAUUGAUUUCGGGUUUGCACGCCUAAAGCCGCCCGAUAACCAGCCCCUCAAGACGCCGUGCUUCACUCUUCAUUAUGCUGCGCCUGAGCUCCUGAACCACAAUGGCUACGACGAGUCCUGCGACCUCUGGAGCUUGGGCGUCAUUUUGUAUACAAUGUUGUCAGGGCAGGUUCCAUUCCAGUCUCAUGACAGAAGUUUGACGUGUACCAGCGCGGUGGAAAUCAUGAAGAAAAUUAAAAAGGGAGAUUUCUCCUUUGAAGGAGAAGCCUGGAAGAAUGUAUCCCAAGAGGCUAAAGAUUUGAUCCAAGGACUUCUCACCGUUGAUCCAAAUAAAAGGCUUAAAAUGUCUGGCUUGAGAUACAAUGAAUGGCUUCAAGAUGGCAGCCAGCUGUCCUCAAACCCUCUGAUGACUCCCGACAUUCUAGGAUCUUCAGGAGCUGCUGUGCACACCUGUGUGAAAGCGACCUUCCAUGCCUUUAACAAAUACAAGAGAGAGGGCUUUUGCCUUCAGAACGUCGAUAAGGCCCCUCUGGCCAAGAGAAGGAAAAUGAAGAAGACCAGCACCAGCACGGAGACGCGCAGCAGCUCCAGCGAGAGUUCCCACUCUUCCUCCUCUCACUCUCACGGCAAAACGACCCCUACAAAGACACUGCAGGAGCCACCCUCUGACGGCAGCACCCCAGAGACGCUUUUCCAGUUCUCGGACUGAACCGCACGGGAAUGGUAGGGCCGCACCUGGCGAGUCACUGCACCCUCGGGCCCGUCCGCGUAUGCCCGAGGCCAUGUCGUGUGCUUUUUUUUUUUAAGAAUAUGUCCCGUGGGUCUCAUUGGAAUCUGCCUCCUAGGGAAUUUUUUUCAGGAAAACCCAAUUGGUUAUCCUUGUCCAAAAGCACUGGGCAAAGAAUGUUACUGUGAACAAAGCACACGUUACACUGUUCGGCGACCUAGCGUGAAGCCAGCGGGACUGUUCGCGAAAGAGCAGGAUUAGGGUCUGGAUGGAUUUGAACUGCUUACCAAGUAAGUCACAGGUGUUUCCAACGUCUGCCGACGAGUUGCUCCUACUGUGAUGAUGACACCUUUGCUCCGCCUUGUGGAUAAUGUGGGUUUUAAAGAGAUUUGCACCCUUUGAACAGUGAUUUAUCAGAGGGAAAUGUCUGUUUUCAAAAAGAUUAUGUAAUGAAUUUUAUGUGUGGCAUAUACUUCUUGAGAGAAGAUUUUAACUUAUUGUUUUUAUUUUAUGGUUUCAUGUGAUGAUAACCUGCUAUUGUUAACCUUUUCCUUAAAAGUGAAAGAAAAGAUAUAAGAACUUACGGGCCCAGGCUCUCUGUCUGGGAGCCCUCUGAGAUGCAUGCUAAGCUACAUGUGUUUUUAAGUUUGCACUGCUCUUUCCUGGCAAUUUGUUUUAAUGGUUAUUGCAAAACAUCAAGGUACAUGUCUCUGUUUUAAGUAAUAUUGCACUUUAUAAAGGAAUAUGAAUAAAGCAAACUAUUUUAUAAAGUGCACUGUUUAAAGCAUAUAUGUACUGUAUUUUUGCCAUUUUUUUUUCCAUUAUCUACUUUAAAUUUGUCCUCACAUCCCCCAUUCUACUUUGUUUGCAACAAGUCGGAUGGGCUGUGUGGUGUAACAUCAUCUUAGCCGCUUAGGCAUGAUGUGAGGAAAACCGAAAGGGAAAUUCUAUUAAACACUGUGCUUCAUCUUUGUACACUGUGUGUGCUACAGAGAGGCCUUCCCUCCUGUAGUCAGGUAUUAUGUACAUAAUAGCUUAGAAUCAUGACUAUGACUUGUUUUGAAAUUUUUCUGUUAAGUUUUAAAUCCAAGAGGCAUAUUUUAUAAACUUAUGCAGAGCACUUUUAUUGCUCAAAAGUUCUGAAUUCAUACAGAAAAUAAGUGCUAUGUGAUGAAGACAUUUCACUGAAAGACUGCUGCAUUUUAAAAUAUGAUUAAUUCAUUCCCUAUGCAAAAAAAGAAGCUAUAGGAUUUGUAUGUUAUAUUUUCUUUUAAAGCCAUCACAUGAAAUGUCAGGACUGAGAAAAAUGAUCUUUGCUAUGUUUACAGGAAUCAUGCUUAAAAAGAUAAUGCCCAACAUGUUUGUUUUAUAGUUCUUGUUAAUGUUAACCUCUGGCGCAUUAGUUUGGAAUUUGGGCAUGAUAUUUAUUUAUUCCUUUUUCGAGAUAAUAGCAGCAUUAAUUUCAACCAGUUAUGAAUACUAAAAAUAUUGCACUCUAUGUAAUAGUAGUAUAUUUAUUACUAAAUCAAUGUAUAUAUUAAUAGCACAGGCAACAAAAAUGGCAAAUAUUAAAGUAUUUUCAAAAUACCGUA